CAUCAGAUUGUGGUGCGUUAACACUACAUGAAAUACGGUAACGACUGUACAGCCAUUCAAGUUGCUCAUUGCGAGUUGUAGUUGAAGAUCUGCGUGUUUCUUACCGCAGGAUCCUGCCAAACAAACCCGGCUACAGGAAGGAGAAACCGCGAAUGGAAUAUGGAGUGUAUUCCAUUGGCUAUUGAUGAUCUUGAGGGCAAAAAGGACCCCAUCAUAGAGGAUCCAGAGCACAAUGUGUACACAAGGUUUAUGAAGUCCCACCGGUGUUAUGACCUCGUACCUACCAGCUCCAAACUGGUUGUGUUCGAUACAUCACUCCAGGUCAAGAAAGCUUUUUUUGCCCUCGUUUCUAAUGGGGUAAGAGCAGCGCCUCUGUGGGACAGCAAAAAGCAGUGCUUCGUUGGUAUGCUGACCAUCACAGACUUUAUUAACAUCCUACAUCGCUACUACAAAUCUCCAUUGGUUCAGAUAUAUGAGUUGGAGGAACACAAAAUUGAAACAUGGAGAGAGUUGUACCUUCAAGACUCUUUUAAGCCCUUGGUUAGCAUAUCUCCCAAUGCGAGUUUGUAUGAUGCAGUAUCAUCCCUGCUAAAGAAUAAGAUCCACAGACUGCCUGUAAUCGACCCCCUGACAGGGAACACGCUCUAUAUUCUCACACACAAGAGGAUUCUCAAGUUCUUGAAGCUUUUUAUAUCAGAGAUGCCAAAACCUUCGUUCUUGAGACGAACCUUAGAGGACCUGAACAUCGGAACAUUCCAGAACAUAGCAGUGGUCCGCACAGACACACCGUUGUACACGGCGCUGGGUAUUUUUGUUGAGCAGCGAGUGUCGGCGCUCCCCGUUGUGGAUGACAAAGGUCGAGUGGUGGAUAUAUACUCAAAAUUUGAUGUUAUAAACCUGGCAGCAGAGAAGACAUACAACAACCUGGAUUUGACAGUGACCAAAGCCUUGCAGCAUCGUUCUCAGUACUUUGAAGGAGUGCUGACCUGCAACAGGAACGACACCCUGGAGGCCAUCAUCAACAGACUGGUGGAGGCCGAGGUACACAGGCUGGUGGUUGUGGACGAGCAGGACGUGGUGAAGGGAAUUGUGUCCCUCUCAGAUAUUCUCCAGGCACUAGUGCUGACUGAUGGUGAAGAGGGCACAGUUUGAGGAAGUUUCUCUAACAAGGAAAGGCUACAGUUUUAAGAGGAGGUCGGAGCAAAAGGAGAAAGAACAGACAUGUGUAUGUUGAAGUAGCAUCACCCAUCUCCUGUAACUAGACUUCCCUAUAUUCAUACAUGAAGACUUCUCCCUCCCUGCAGAAAUAUGAAGCUUUAGCAAUGCAGCAAUAUAAUAUUGUAGUAGCCCAUGACCUACAGAAGCCGUAAAUUGAGCCAAAUUCCAAGCAGCGAGAGGUGUAAAAGCACAAGAGACAUCAUUCAUUUUGGCUUUGAUUGCAAAUGUAUUCCUGUUAGUAUAAAUUAUGUCACAAGAUAGAGGAAAUCUGAUUUACCUGUAUUGCCUUUUGUUGGCAGCAUUUCAUUUCUAUAAUAAGGCUGAAACCUCGAUGCACAUAAAGCCUGUGUAAAGGUCAUUUUAAACAUUUGUUUGAGGCCUGUUCUGUGUACAACUACAGGUAAAGACCUACGUAGUAUGGUGUUUUCCAUCUUAAAUGAUAAUUUUAUCCAACUAGUUUGAUUAUUUAAAUGCGGUUGUAUUUUCUACCAAUUUGAAAAGACGUUGAUGGUUACAUAAUUAUUUAUGUGUUUGUAUUUAUCAUACAAUAGCUUCAUGCUACUUUUGUGUGAAGAUUAUAUAAGUGAUCUAGCUUAAUUUAUCAUUCAAACACUAGAUCUAGAAAGCACUGGUCAAUUAGAAAAUGAUUUCACAGAAAAGAGUCACUAUAUCUUUAAUAAAGCAGGACUUAUGCAGGUUUCAGGACCAAUCCAAAAGAAAUAAGGCCAGUUUUAAUUAACUGAAUUAAAAAAGUACCACAGUUACCAUUGUGUGAAGAAUUCAAGGGCUCAGGUUUUAAUCUGUUGUGUAGCAAAACUGGAAGAGCAUGGACCGAUGUGUCUGAAAUAGAGCUGCAACUAACAAAACAGUAUUUUCUACCAUUUUUGCAUGAAAAAUUAAUUUAUCAUCAAAAUAGUUGGCGAUUAUUUUUUGUGUCAAUUGAUUCAUUUAGUUGACUUAUCGUUGCAGCUCUAGUCUGAAAUAAAAUAAAAUAGAAUUUCUGCCGUUUGAGACAAAAUAAUUGUGCGGUAUCCUCUUUUAAGGCACAAGCUCUGGAUAUUUCUGGGUUCUGUUUUGCCAUUUUGUCUGUGUUGUCAUGUAUAACAACAUUUCUAAUUAAUUGUAAAUUUUAUUUUAGGAUUUUUUCUCUGCCCGUUUUGUUACUCACACUUUGGGUGUUGGCAUUAUUAGCGUUAAAGGGACUUGCUUAUUGCUUCACUGCUGCAAAAUCUCAUGUUUUUGGAAAUGUUGUCAGCUUGAAAACUUAGUCAAAUGAACAUUUCUGUGGCAUCGUUUGUUUUCUGAUUUCUACCUUCUUUGGUGCGUUAUGUUGAUGUCGGUGUGUGAACAUCAAGUCUUCUGCGUCUAUUCAACCAUUUUCUGUUUAUUGUCUUAAGGGGAUUUUAUCAAAAUCACUCAAUACCAGCAUUUCCUUUCGAUUUUCUGAAAAGGUUGGGCCAGAAACAUUCACACUUCCUGUUUCUAUGUAUAUGAAAUGGAAAAUGUACAACUGCAUGUAAAUGCACAUUUUUUGUAGUGAUCUGCAUUGAGAUUAAGAUUGAAAGGAUGAGCAAUAAAAUAUUCUUUUGAGUUUGU